AUUGCACAUGUGUUGUACCUAGAAUGACAGUUGUACUGUGUGUUUAGUGUAUUAUGUGGAACUAUAACGCUGGUUUCUUGUCUCUCUGGAUGUUAAAUGGAGUGUUAAUUGCAGGUGAAGAGGUGGCCGAGGCACUCUUCAGUCAAUCUUUCUCCAUCGGUCAUCGCUACCCCAACCCCAGCUCCCUCUGGUCUUCCUCUUCCUCCCCAUUAUCUUCCUUUUCCUCUCUCACUCCAUUGAACACUCCUGCUUCUACCACCCAACAGCAACCUUCCUUCCCUGGCACAGGUCACCAGUUGGGUCAUGGCUCGUCGUCACUUGACUACAGCAGCCCCGCUGAGCCUCCAUCCCUCUCUUCCUCCUCUUCUGCAGCCUCCUUUUCUGCCCAAGGAUCAGCCGGUUACCCACAACACCCCUCACCCUCAUCUCCUCCCUCUGUCUCUGAUUCUAAGACAGUCUACACUGGACCUAGUAGCUCGUCUGACUCAAAGAGACAGACUAGUAGUUUGGGGGUUCACCCUGGGAGCUCUCUGCCUGCAGGCCCCUGUCCUCCUCCUGAUGCCAAACUCAGUGUCUUCUCCUCUACAUCCUCCUGUCGCAGCCUUCUUCCAGUGGAGGCCUCCCACUUCACAGCACUGGGCAAUCUCUAACAGAAGAGAAGACAUUUGACGAGGAGAGUGGUGCUCAGAAUGACCUCACCACUGACGAGGAAGACUCCGGGGAUUAUUACCCUCGGCGGCCACCUGCUAAAGAUCGUGGUACGUACAUAUUACGUACUUAAGUAUAGUAGUAGCUGUUGGAACUUGCCAACGAUAACAGGAAGGGAACUACAUAUGUAUAAUUACCAUCAUCCCACUUUCUGGGGAACAGCAUUUAGUAGAAUCAUGUGA